UUCAUCCAACUCUUUAAAAAGGGAACGCAAACUGCAAAGCAUACGUUGGAAAGAGGAGAGAAAAAAGAAUCGGUAAAGGAGGAGAUAAUGGAAGAUUUCGAGAAGAAGGUUUCCAUAACAGAAUCAGUGGAGGCCCGAGGUUUAUCCGAUUCCUCCAAAAUCGUCCAUCUACUGCGCAGAUUCCUUGCAAUUCAGCAGAGCAGAGCCGAAGCCUACGCCAAGCUCAAAGGUGGGUUUGCCGAGUAUAUGGAUUCAGGAGCGGAAUUAGCUUAUCAGCAACUUUGCAGUGAGAUCACAGUAGAAUUCAAUGAUUGCUCGAAACAAGUCCUUGAAAUCGAAUCACUAUUCCUGAAUCCUGAUAGCUGCCGGGUUGAUCUGGCACAGUUGCUCAGGGAUGUUCAAGCGCAGGAGAAGCAGAAAUUGCAUCUGACAGCUACAAUUCAGGUGUUGAAGAAGGCUGGUCGUCCCUCUGACCGUCCAGUGAGUCAUGACAACUGCAAAUAUAAGAAGCCAAUGGAACAUGAAUGUGUCCAUGUCCAUGAGAUAACUGAAGCUUCUGGAACUGAGGAGGCAGAAGCAGAUGCUGAGUAUGAUAAUGCUCUCAAGGAGGCCAUUAGGGGUGUGCAGGAUGCAGUGACUGCCAUAAACGAACAUAUAGAAGAAGUUAGAUACGAAAUUGCAGCCCUCGAAGCUGAGUGACCUUACAUCUUUGUUUAGAAAGUUGCUAAUUAAGAAGGAGAUAAAGCUGUAAGCUUGUAGGAGUAGGGAAGAGCUAAUGAAAAACAUCGUUGCAUAAUUUCCAGAUCGGUGCCAGUUUUAAUGAA